UCUCUUAUAUAACCAUCUACCCGGUCUGCAUUCCUUCCGCGGGCGAGGUGGUACUAUUUUCCCGCACCUCACCCCACAGCAGCAGCACCGCGGCCCGCACACAACAGCCCAGCCCAAGGCCGAGCAGAGCAACUGAGUGAAAGCAAAGCAAUCCCCUCAAAAUACGCUCAAAAAAAAAAAGCAAUCCCCUAAAAAAACUGAGAAAGCAAAGACGAGAAGCCACGAAAUUCCAGGCGCAGCGGCGGCUGUGGACGCGCCGAGGAGCCGGAGGCUCUGCGGUGCGUCGCGAGCCGGCGAGUCGCAGCGAGGCCCCGGCCAGCACGCUUGAAGGGAGCUGCAUCAGACGGUGGUGGUGUGGGGAGAGGAGCGGCGGGAGUCCGCGGGCGAGGGCGCCACAUCGCCCAGGGCGUGAGCGACCCCUCGACGGCGGCCUGGGAUGGGCCAAUCGGGCAAGGGGCAGUGUUGUUCUUCGCGAACAAAGCAUGAAGAUAGGCUCAGCAUGCUGACUGAUGACAUAUUAUUAUCUAUCUUGGGGAGAGUUGACACAGCCACGGCAACACGAACUAGCGUGUUGUCAAAGCGGUGGAGAGAUUUGCCAUGGUUGCUUCCUGUGCUCAACCUUCGUGUCUGGGAUUUUCUGCCCCAUUCAUGCCCAGAACCCAUUGCAGCACAUCACAUGGAUCAAGCAAUGUCACGUCUAACCAAAGCAACUAGGAGUUUGUUGGCUGACCCAAACAGCAAAUCCACCAUCAUCAAAAGGCUAAGCCUUCAGCUCUAUGUGACCGGCGAUUACGCACUUGAGAUUGGCUCACUGGCUUGCGACGCGAUUGAUUGCGGGGUAGUAAAAAACAUGUGCCUUGCAAUUGUUGAUGAGAAGGAUCCUAGAGACUGUGAACAUGAGUAUAUGCUACAGCAAGCCCUGGCCGUCGAUGGGUUUUUAACAGCCUAUCCUAGUGUGUUUCAGUGCCUCACAAAGCUCCGUCUGUAUAAUGUGUGGUUUGCUGAGUGGGAUAUGCAACACCUCCUGUUUGACUCCUGCAAGCAACUCAAGCAAUUAUCUCUGUCCCACUGUGAUGUUGGGGACUCUUCAGUAUGGCAGAUAAAUGCACCAGAUUCCAAACUCAGAAUCCUUGAAGUCCGCAUGUCCUGCUUGAAGAGAAUUGAGGUGCUCUGCCUACCAAAACUGAAGCAUCUAAGUUGGGACGAGUGGUUUUGUUUCGAGGCCCCCUUGCGUUUUGGUUCUGUUCCAUCCCUCAAGGUGCAGGGCCUUAUUUGUGGUGCAACCAUUGAUCAUCAGGAGUUUAGUCUGAGCCAGGUUCUACAUGGUACCAGAAACAUCCAUACUCUUCCCCUAGCUCGACGGCGGAGGCCGAAUCAAUGGCGGCGGCGAGCAAUAUGGCGGAGUUUGCAGACCUACGCCACAACGGGCUUGAAUUUCUGCUGGAUCCGCUUGACAGGUAAUUUCUCCACUAGGUUCCCGCUUGGAGAGGUCACUGCGGAUGUUGAGCAGCCAGAUCCAUUGGUGUUGAUGUCCGUCGAGCCGCCGGCACCGGCACACACGGACUCGUCGUGCACGGGUGCGGUUGGACAACUCGGCAGCGCUUCUGAGCACAGCGAUCCCGCUGGCAAGAGGAAGCAGUAG